CUGCAUCGGCGUUGAGUGAAAAUUGUGUAAAUUUGUGGCCAAUUUGAGUCAAGUUUUUCAUGUUUUCACCUUUGGCGCUAAGCAUUUUUUUUCUGUAUCAACAUUGGAGUGUUUUCUUGUGUGUGUACAAAAUUAAUUUGUUGCUGGAUCUGCAAGCGUCGUAGAACUGAUUGUAUUGUGGAAGAUUGUGGAAGCCAGCCGCUAUUCAAACGAGGAAUAUCAAUCUAACAUUUUGAUCAUAAUUGCAGAGGUUCUACUAAUUGUUCGAUAGAAAGUUGUACACAGUUCGCGCGUCUGUCAGUCAGUUAAGCGGGUUGCUGUAGCAUGGGUCGUGAAGUGGAUCCAUCAGACAUUGGUAAACAUCCAGAAUUGAUAAGAAAAGCCCAAACCGAAAUGACGAAAACUGACGUCCUUGUGUGCGGUGGUUGCAAUGAGGUUUUCCAUUUUUUGGAACAAUUCACCGAGCACAAAAAUGGCAACUGCAAUGAGACAUCAACAUUGAAGGAUAGCCAAGAGACUAAACCGAAAGUGUGGGCGUUUCUAUUGUGGAAAGCUUCGCAACUGAACUCGGACAGUGCGAACACAAUUGUUAAUCCAUGGAAAUUGUAUCAGACAUGGUUGACGUUGGAUGAGGCGAUACGUGAGACCUGGGUGGUUGCAGGUCGGACAAUUCAAUCAUUUGCACGAAUGGGACAGGGCAACCUUCACGAAAUGCCGGUGAAAAUUACAAAGACUGUCGUUGACGCUGGGCCGGUGCCAGAGACAAAAACGUACAAACCAGCUGAACCGAAAGUGAAUUUGGUCGGACGACAGUAUAUCAAAGCUGAAGUUAAACCGGAACCUGAAGCCGCACCGAAAAUUAUGAAGAAAGUGGUUCGAUCACCGUUGGCCAAGCUACCCGGCAAUCCGGUUCUUUUGAAUAAAGUGGGAAAUGCUAAUAAAAUAGCCAAGCGAACCAUUCCGGACAGCGAAACAAAUGAGACCGAAGAGCAGACGGUGGAAAAGAUUCUGGCGAAGCGAUUCAAUCCACGACGAAAAGAGCAUGAGUAUCUCGUCAAAUGGGAGAAUUUUACGCAUGACCAGAACACCUGGGAGCCGUAUACCUAUUUGAAAGUGUGUCCACAAAUGCUGGAUCUGUUCGAGAAACAAUUAGCGCGUCAAAAGGAGCAACGUGCAGCGAUGGCAGCCGCAAAACAGGCAGCUGAAGCAAAGGCAAAGGAGACUAGUGUAGUGAACAACAGUUUCGAGUCGAAUGAUUCAAAAGGAUCACCAGUACGGCCGGGCAGAAAUUCCAAAUCGAAGGCAAUGGACCAGGUGAAGCAGUGGAUCAGUGAUAAUAAUGAGACAGCCGCUGGUACGAACAAACGUAAACUCGAAACGGAGAUUGAUUUUGAACAUGAAAUUGACAAUGAAGAAAGUGAACCGGCUGUUAAGAUAAUAAAAACGGAAUCGCCUGGAUCACAGGCUGUCAACCGAAUCAAUCAAUCCGGUGCGGUUCGCAUUGUGUCCGUAAAUAAGCAAGCCAACUCUGGAAUCACUCAUAAAAUCAAUGGGUCAAAGUCGCCCGAUAAAUCCGAAAUGGUUAUCAGCGCACCGAAGGAAAAGAGGCCGACAGGAAUUGUAAAGAAGCCCGGUGUUACGGCGAGUCCGGUACAAAAAGGUGAAGCUCAGGUUAGAGUGGUCCAGAAAGGCGAAUCCACGAGCGGUGUAGUGCGAGUGAAUAAUUCUCAGACGAAAAUAGUGCAACGGCCGGCUGCCAGAUCCAAUCCACCAGCUCGACAGACAAACACGGUGGUCAGACCGAAUAUUACAACCAAACCAGCACCACCGCGCAAUCAACCUGUUCGUCAAAUUAUUAGCCAAACAAACCGCACUCAAAUUGGACAAACGACAUUAGCACAGCGCUCCUCGCUUUCACCACAAGUCUAUUCAUCAGGCCAAAAACAAACCGUUCAACGUACAGUGAAAAGUGCUCCAUCGUCCGAAACGAAAUUGAUGCAAGACCAGAAAAUUGCAGCGCUAACACGUCACGGCGAUCUGAAAAUAACUCGAAAACAAAUGCCCGCCAAUUCGGUAACGCAAAUUCCGUCAACAAAAAUCCAAAACGUUCACGAAGACAUCAAAGACUUCCAAACACAUCUGACCGAAAGUCCACCAAACGAGAUGACACUAUGUCCGAUAACCGGCAAAGUCCUCGGCCACGGUGACGAUGACCUGACGCAUUUGAAUUCCGACGACAUGUCGGAAAACGAGCAAAAAUUCAAAGCCACUUUGACCGAUGAUGCCGGUCUGCAACAGCUAUUGGCUGCACAAGAGGACGGCCAACCGUUGCUGGUAACCGGUGAAGACGGAACGAUUUAUCAAGUGGCCGGCAAGAAUGAACAGGGCCAAACCAUUUUGAUUGCACAGGGCGCUGAAGGUGAACAGCAAUGCGUUUAUGUGGCGGCCGACGAGAAUGAUGAGGGCGGUAUGAUCAAUUUGGAUAGUGCCGUUGCUGAUGCUAUGCAAAAUAUGGCAACAGAUGAGGAUGGAAAUCCCACCGAUCAGACACAAUACGUGAUCAAGCAGGACACCUCCGAACUGAAUGAUCCCACGCAACAAUUGUCGAUUGCAACCGACAAUGAUUCACAAGAUGGUCAAAUAACAGCCGAAGUUGUCCAGGCUGAUCUACCAUCACCCGGAGGAACACGUCGCGUCGUACUUCUUUUACCCGAUGGCAAUUUUAUGAUGACCGAAGUGUCGGACGAACAAUAUCAAUCGCUGAAUCUGGUUACGUAGAACCAUUUCCCUUUUGUAUAAAAAAGAAACAAAUUUUUUCGAUGAUAAAAGACGAGAUACUGAUAAUUUUCCGAUCGGAGCGGUCGUAAAUGAGAAUUGUGUGUGUGCAUUCAUGCACUGCAUAGAUGUUUCAUUAAUUUAUUUGUACUAAAUUUUCCAACCAUACUAACAAACGACCCGGCUCAUCAUAAGAGGUAUAGGCGUUAAGUUAAAGUUACAUACAACUUUGAAUAAACGAUAGAUUAUGUAGACCA